AGAUAUCAGAUAAUAUGUAUCUGUGAUUAAAAAGUAAUUAUUAAUUUUUACUUUUAUUUGGGAUACCAGAAACAUUAAAUUCGGCAUCCAAAGCUUUAGUUAGACAUAGUCAAAUACUACAUAGCACAGAGACCAUUGUUAGAACCGUUAGUGAUGAGAUAUUGUUAAAUCUGGUGCACUAUAAACAGUAUAAACCGUUGAAAAAUUCGGUUAGUGGAUAAAUAUUUAACAUAAUUAUUAGUAAUAAAUGUAAUAAAUGCCCUUGGGUUAGCGAUAGGAGCAAAUUGCAAACAUAAAGAUAAUUUGUUUAAAUUGCAUUACACAACACACACAACUCAUUACGUUAGGAUUGUGUACGCCGGCACAGAAUUCGAGAAUUUGUUGAUUUAUGAAAUUUAGCAGAAAUUGUAUAAUUAAUUUAAUCAAUUUAGAAUAUUAUAUUUUAUUAUGUUUAUAAAAAGUUCAAUAUCUACAAUUAACCGGAUUUAUCCUUUGAUGAACGAUCAGUUAAGAUGUGCAUGUGUAAAAAAUUUAUCACAAUUAACUAAAAAACAAGCAGAACUCAUGAGGAAAAAGUUGCCUCAAAAACAUCCAAUUAAUGGUGUGAACCACAUAAUAUUGGUGGCAUCUGGUAAAGGAGGUGUUGGUAAAUCAACAACAGCUGUAAAUCUAGCAACAGCUAUAAAAUGUGUUGCACCUAACAAAGAUGUUGGAUUAUUGGAUGCUGAUGUAUUUGGUCCAUCUAUACCAUUAAUGAUGAAUUUGCAUGAAACCCCUUUAAUUAAUAAUGAUAACCUUAUGGUGCCUCUCAUUAACUAUGGGGUUAAGUGCAUGUCAAUGGGUAAUUUGAUAACCAAUCAAUCAGCAGCUAUUUGGAGAGGACUUAUGGUAAUGGGAGCCAUCGAUAAAUUAAUUAGAGGUGUCUCCUGGGACCAUACAGAUUACCUUAUAGUGGAUACACCACCAGGAACGGGAGAUACACACUUAUCUCUAGCUCAAAAUAUUCCAAUCAGUGGUGUUUUAAUUGUUACUACUGGUCAAAAAGCUGCUCUUGAUGUGACUAGGAGAGGUAUAACAAUGUUUAAAAAGUUAAAUAUUCCUAUUUUGGGAAUAAUACAAAAUAUGAGUUCUAUGGAAUGUUCAAAAUGUUCACAUGAAAAUUUUAUUUUCGGAGAUAGUGUUCAAGAAUUAGCCACACAAGAAAAAAUAGAUACAUUAUUUUCUAUACCUUUGGAUCCUAUUAUAACUAAUGGUUGUGAUACUGGUCAGCCUAUUGUCAUCACUCAUCCGGAAUCCUCACAAGUUAAAACUUACAAGAGUUUAGCAGAAUAUUUGAUAAAUUCGUUAAACAAAGUCACUAGUAAGUGAGACAUUUGUGACCAUACAUCUGUUGAACAUAGAUUCUAAUACUUUAUAAUUAUAUUAUUGUUUAAGUAUAUAAAUAUGUAAAUGUAUACUAAACUAAAAUCUAGUUUUAUGUAUUAUGUUUAAAUAAUUUAAAUAAUUAAAGUAUGUAUAAUUUAUUUUACUUUUUUUUCUUUAUUUUUUUUUUAUAAAAUACUUUCAGUCUAGAUUAUUAUACUUUUAUUAUUAUAAUAUUAUCAGGAUAUCCCUGUGAAUUUACAAGUCAAACCCCAACAGAUAUUGAUAAUCAUGUUUUAAAACAAAUCAAAGUUAAUAGUACAUUUUGAUCUAGUAUUAAACUGAUACUGGUGAGUAGUGUAAAGGUAGUAUAAACACACUGGAAUACUGGAUUCUACUCUGGUGGGUUUCCCGCCUCAUAUUACA